AUGUCUACACUACCUUGGAACACACAACGACGAGACGACGCCGUCGCCCGAGGUCCCCAUAAGUCUGCAAAAGAUGAAGUGUCCUUCGUCCGAGAAGAGUUCACGGAUUUUCUCAACAAGAAAUUCUGGACCAUCCUACCCUAUCGACUCGUGCGGCAUCUACAGAACUUGCGACUCAGUCCUCUGGGCGUCGUUCCACAACGGGACAGACGGCCCAGACUGAUAGUUGACCUUUCUUUCUUUGGCAUCAAUCAAGAAUCCGUCCCAAUCGCACCAUCAGAUUCCAUGCAAUUCGGACGUGCCCUUCACCGCAUCCUACAACGAAUCCUCCAAGCCAACCCUCUGCACGGGCCUGUUUACAUCUCCAAGAUUGACAUUGCCGAUGGUUUCUACCGCAUUCAAUUGGCACCUUAUGCCGUCCCACAUCUGGCUGUCCUACUCCCGCAACACCCCAACGAAGAAGCCAUGGUUGCCUUUCCCCUGGUCCUCCCUAUGGGCUGGGUCAAUUCGCCACCAUACUUCUCGGCCGUCACCGAAACUGGAGCGGACCUGAUGAACCGACGCCUCAAACAGCGCCCCCAAGAGCCACCUCAUCGCCUAGAAGAGCUUGCCCUGUUUCCACCAGCACUUGAGAAGCCUGCUUCCAGCCUACCUCCGACAACCCACCGUGUGGAUGACCCCAUCGCCACGCCACCUUCCAAGCCCAUCCAUCAACCCCGGUUCCGUCGGCCAAUGCGAUACGCUGACGUCUACGUUGAUGACUUCAUCUCUUUGGUCCAAGGUACCGAGAACGACCGUCGUCAAGCCAUGCGCACUCUUCUUCACGUGCUCGACAGUGUUUUUCGACCUCGUGACUCCACCAGAGACCUCCCCUUUCGUCAAGAGCCGGCUUCCGUCAAAAAGCUCAAAAAGGGCGACGCCAGCUGGUCUACCAAAAAAGUUGUGCUCGGAUGGCUCCUGGAUUCUGUUGACAAAACCAUCAGCCUCCCGCCACAUCGAAUUGAACGGCUGCAAACCAUCCUGGCUGGCAUUGGCCCCACUAAGAAGCGCAUCAGUGCCAAGAACUGGCAUCGGUUGCUGGGUGAAUUGCGAUCUAUGGUGAUUGGAAUCCCAGGGGCACGCGGCCUGUUUAGCCCACUUCAAGAAGCCUUUCGAACCGAAACCCCGGACCAUCGCCUUCGCCUGAACGCCAUGGUUCACCAAUUCCUGGACGAUUUUCGUCAGCUGUCCACAACCCUUGGUGACCGUCCCACCAGGAUAGCCGAGCUCAUUCCUCAAGAUCCGAGUGUUAUUGGAACUACAGACGCUUCGGGGACGGGAAUGGGCGGUGUUGCUUUUCUCAAUACUCCCUCUGGUCUGCGACCCAUACUCUGGCGGCAUCGCUACCCCAAGCAUGUCCAAUCAAAAUUGAUAACCUUCGACAAUCCACGGGGUUCGUUGAGCAUUG